AUGCGCACGGCAGCGAGCCUCCGGCCGCCCAGGAACAAGGCCGCGCAGUCCAAGCAUAAACAAGGAAGAAGCCAUGACCUCGCACAGGUCCCUCCCUUGCCUCAAAUUCCCGAAACGCUGAGGGCCGCGAAAGCUCGUUCCAAAUUUGAAUCGUUUCGCAAAAGAGUCAAGGCGCCCCAGCAAUCCGGUGCGAUUGUCAACACCGCACGAGAUAUGAGCCACAAGCCCGCCGGCAGCUCGUCCGACGUCAAGGUACCAAGGAGACACAGGAGGGGAAAGGUCUCGCUCAGGUCUCAGAUUUCUGAGCCGACGCUGCAUUCCACAACCAUGGGCUUCCCGCUGUCCGCGAUGACGUGCAUGACUCGGAAUGCCGACGUUCGGCGGCUGAGUGACGGGAGCGCUCAGUCGCCGACCCUCGGGAACGCAUCUCUCGACAUCGGCACCGAUUGCCGUCCUCGAGAAAAACACGUCUUCUGGCUUGCCCCCCCGCGCCUGUCGCCGAUGGAAAUCACCCGAGAGCACCUGAUCCGCAAGGCUCGCGCUCAGAAAGUCCGAGGGAUGUGCCAUGUCCCGAAACUGGAGCAUCGCUGGUACUGGACUCCUGGCUGGGAGAAGUUUCUGAUUCUGCCACGGGCUCCAAGCACGACCCAGCAUUGCGACGUGUCUCGCGAGCUCAUGCGCGUCGAGGAACAAGACGCCAACUUGCCAGCCUUGGAGUCGCUCAAUCCUCCCCGGGGGAAAUAUGCGAGUGACGAAUGUCCUCGGCUAUCGCUCCACCUGGGGGGGAUCAACACCCUGAUGCCGUCCUUCACAAAUCUAGCGUCGCUGGUGAAAGACAAGGCCGCCGUCCCGAGGGAGUUGGCUCCUCUCAGCAUGAGUGGCGCGAUGCGAUUCCGGUCGCGCCGGCUGUCAAGCAACCCGGAAGGCAAGAGGGGUUCUCUGACCACAGUGGUCGAAGCUGCUGCGUGGGCACCUCAGUCUCAUCAUACAAGAGAUGCAUCGGAAGACACGGCCACCGGUACUGUUGCGCAUGAUGAGUUCUGCUUCCCCAGCCGACAUGCUCUGGCGGGUCAACAUGGGGUUCUGGGAGCUCCCGGGAACGUUCACGAGCGGGAUCGUCUAGUCGGAGCACACCAUUUGUUGGCAUCUUACAAAUGCAAUCUCUCCGCAACGCCGAGACAGGUGUCGGACAGUUGGUCCUUCGAUAGUUCAUCUUCACUGACUGAGACACUCAUGCCGCCGACUGGGAGAGGUCGGCCGCUCCGCGUGGACCCUGAUCUUACCGCUGGAAGGAUACAGUCCAUGGCCGGUUCGAUUCUGACUUGUACAACAUCUGAAGGCUCCAGGGUGGUGGGCUCGAGACCAGAGCACGCUUCUGGGAUUCUCUUCACGCCAGUUGAAGCAAGGGGCAGGGAAUCAGAAUCUGUGUCGGCAAGCAGACGCAGGGAUGCCAGGCCAUCAUCGGGUUUGCGCCGUCAUUCGUUUCACGCAAAGACACCGCCUUCCGUUGGGUCGCGCGACGGCAGCCCAGCCUCGAGUCAGAGCAUCGCAAUCCCUGAUUCGCCGACGUUGGGACAGGAAGCUGCACCGCUUAUCCGGGACAGCUAUAGCAUCGCAAACCAAAUCGAGUCGCUGGAGCUGCCUGAACCGUCCGCGUCAUUCAGAGGAGGGAGGGGCGAGGCAUCGCGGUCACAAGGCGCCGAUACUCGUCCGCUCCACCAGAAUCGAGCAACGGCCACGAAAGGAAAGUCUCCGCCUGCGCCGAAAAGGGGGAUGUUGAGGAGAGGUGCAUCUGGUCAUGGCGCCUGCAGCUCCAGUUUCGCCCUGAACAAAGCAAAGAGCCACGACGCGUUCACGUUGCUGCCUCGUCUUUCCCCAGGUCGUGGUGCUGAACUGGGUAGCGACACGGACAUGAGAUCUCGUCUCAGCCCUUGUUUCAACCCAGCGGUGGGUGCGCCCACGACUGCGACGGCAUUGCAAGCCUUGGACACGGCUUCCAGGCUUGCUUCGGUAAUGAAUCGCGACAAGACGGUUGCGCCGGCAAACUUGGUCAAACUCGCGACAGCAGACGAAUCUUUCCGGAAGAUGGCGACCUUUUCCGGCUUGUUUUCGAGGCACGUGCGGCGCAGUUCCUGCGGCAGCCCCAACCUGUCCUCAAGCUCAAGGGCGAGUGACAGCGUUGCGAUGCCAAGCCGAAGCCGAGAGGGAGGGUCGGAACAUGGAGACAACCCUGAGCACGAAAAGUCCCGGGAUCAGGGACUCAGUCACAGUCCACCACAACUGACUCGUCAGCAGCAGAGGAGAGCCGUGUCAGGUGGCAGCCAUUCGAGCACUAGCGGCACAUUUGUCGGCCUAAAGGACAGGUUCAAGCUCAAGAAGAAGGUGUCUCGGGUCUAA